GACGAAUAGUUUCAUAACGAUGACGCCCACCAUGACCUCAGCAGCACAGAGCUUCACAUUGUGUGAGUUAGAGCUUCCCUGGUGAAAAGGUCAAACCUUUGUUGACCAAUUGAGCACCAACACAGGAGGUCAGGUGGGUUUUGAACAUGGAAUUCAGCAUCGAUUCCGUGAUGGUUCAGUGUAGGAUUAGGAAAUACAAAAGAGAACCUAUUUAAGGUUGCAUCAGGUUCAUAACUUAAGCAAUUACAAUGUUGGAGUGUUUUGAAUUUGAAAAGGAAGAGCUUUGGUGUCGUGAGGUGAUCGGAGCAAUCGGUAUUCGAAUGGAAAAGAGAGAGCUGGUGGAUAUUCAAUUAGAGUUUAGCAAAAAUCAAUUUAUUUGUGUUGCAAAUUAGGGUACUUUUUGUUCUUUAGCAAUUUGGAUUUGAGGAAUUUGUUGAGUUAGUUGGAAGAGUUGGAACAAUGAGUAGUCGUCGGGGUUUUUCGAACACGAGAGCAAGAGCUAAUCAUAAUCCUCCAAAUGCCAUGAAGAAAAGAGGCAAACAAAGUGGAAGAGCUGUUGCUGAUGGGUAUGAUGAUGAGUUACCUGAAAAAGUGAUUCAAACUUCUCGUCCCCGCCCCUUAGGUCCUAUUUCUACUCACUUAGUAGAAGGGUUAUUAGAAAAAAGGGGGGAUAAGCGAGAGGAGACACUAGCCUCUAUGAUUGAAGGCUUGAAUGCGAACCUAAGCAAAAAUUUGCUGGAAGAGAAGUUUGCUACCUUUCUAUACAGAUGCUUAAACUCUGUGAAGAAAGGUUCUACCAAAGAGGUGAAUAAUUCAUUUCAUGUCAUAGGCUUGCUGGCAACAAUAGUUGGUUGUGAAAAUAAACUCUCUGAAAUAUAUAGAGAGUUGCUUCCUGUACUUUCUGGAGCUCUGAAAUCUGGGUCCACUACGAUAAAGAUAUUGGAUUGUUUGUCUAUUGUUGCUUUCUUUGGUGCAACCAAUCCAGAUGAAACACAGAAUGCCAUGCACAAUAUAUGGGAGUACCUCAAUCCAGAGUCGGGCUAUGUUGUCAACACAAAAAAUAAUUCAGCAGAGUUACUGGUUGCCGCAAUAUAUGCUUGGUUGUUUCUUCUUUCAAGCAUGGAGGGAUUUAGGCUCAGCUACUCCUACUGGAAAGGGGCCAUCUCAUACUUCGCAAAUUUACUAGAUCACGACAACAAUUUAGUAUGUGGAGCAGCUAGUGAAGCAUUAGCUUUAAUUUUUGAAACUGGCUCUCUUGAAAAGUUCUGGAAUGAUGAAAGUGGUUCAAGCCCCAGUUAUACACAAAUGCAACAAUCACUUAGAGCCCAUCUUUUAAAGAGAGUUAACUGUGCUUACUUAAAUCUACGAACUGAGAAAAAUGCAGUCAAAAUCCGUAAUGUCUCAAGAUAUUUUGAGGGUUCUCAUGUUCUGGCAGAAUCUUUAGUGGUCAAGGGGAAAGUACUAACGUUGUCAUCAUGGUAUCAAAUAAUUCAGCUGCAGUUUUUGAAGAGGUUUCUGGCUGAUGGAUUUAAAAAACAUAUGGAGGAAAAUGAGAAGCUUCAGAAUUUGUUCGAGUUCGAUCCUCGCAAAAACAAGAAUAUAGGUCCUGAGUUGUAUGUAGCUACUACUGAUAAGAUCUCUGUGCGCUUUUUUAUGCCUGAAGAAAGAGAUCAAUACAUGCUAACGAAGGAACAAAGAAAGAAAGAAAGGGUUUGGAGGACCUCUAUUGUAGACAAAGCUAAGACACAAUUGAUGACAAAACAUCGUUUGUUGUCAAAGGAACUAAAACGCUGCAACUAUGAUUGAAUAUGGGAGGGAACAAAAAUCGCGAUCACCUGACUAGCAGUACUUAACGGAGAACAAGAACUAGGUUGGCUUCAUUCAGAUCCUAUGUUGUAUUCUAGUAAUCGUUCAUUGCUUUUUCAAUUUGCAAUUCAAUUUACAUGUAAUGAUUACUAAGGUUUUCAUAUUCAUGGUGAGCCAAUUUUUGCUUUUACUGAAAAUAGAUAAACGACCUUUUUUCAAAAGGAUUGUUGAGUGUAACUUCUGAAGUUGAAAAUGCAAACCUUUACUGC